UAUUGAUAACAGGAGGGCAUUUUGUGGCUGGUCAUUGAAAAAACCACAUCUAGCAAUCAUGCAAGCAAAACAAUUAUUUAUUUUAGUUGUAGCAGUAGUAGCUGGUUCAGCAGAAAAAUCUUACGAUGGAUUCAAGCUGUACAAAGUGGUGCCAAAAACAGAAAAACAAGUGAAUGUUUUAGAACAAAUAAGAGAUUCGGGAUUGGGGGACUUUUGGAUUGACUAUUUCAGAGUCAAUGAUGAUCUCAGGGUGUUGGUGUCUCCAGAAAUGCAAGAAGUGGUUCAAGGAAGGCUGAUGCAAGCGGGAUUGGAAGUCAAAACUAUUAUAGAGGAUGUUCAACAAGUAAUCAACCAGCAAUUGAACCCAAACCAAGUCGUCUCAUCUAGAAGCAGCGGCUUCCUUUCUUACGACUGGGAUAGCUACCAUAACUUGACCGUCAUCGAAGAAUGGCUUGAUGAAGUCGCCGCUGCUUAUCCUUCUGUCGUCUCUCUCGUUACCAUGGGUUACUCUGUCGAGAAUAGGCCGAUCAGAGGAAUCAUCAUCAACUACAACUCCAACAUAACAAAGCCUGUUGGCAUCAUUGAGGGAACCCUUCACGCUAGGGAGUGGAUCUCACCAGCUACCGUCACUUGGAUUAUAAAAGAGUUCUUGAACAGUACUGAUGCUGAUGUUAGAGCAAUGGCUGAGGACACAGAGUGGCAUAUCUUCCCAGUGGUGAACCCAGAUGGCUAUGAAUAUACUUUUAAUGGUAACCGAAUGUGGAGGAAGAACAGAAGUACGGCAAAUUUCACCUCUUGCAAUUCUACCGGCGUCGACGAUGACAUGAGCAAUGGGGUUGAUUUGAACAGGAAUUUUGAUUUUUACUGGAUGAGUGUCGGGGCCUCAGACAAUCCUUGUACCAACACCUUCGCUGGACCCUCAGCUGGCUCAGAGCCGGAGACCAAGGCAAUCUCGCAGUAUGUUCUGAACCUGCACCAGGGCGGAAGGAACAUCAUGUACUAUCUGUCAUUCCACUCGUACUCCCAGCUGUUCAUCUUACCGUACAGCCAUGUUACUGAGCCAGCUGCUGACAAUCACGACGAUUUGAUGUUAAUAGCAUCAAACAGUUCCACGAAAAUUUUUGAGAGAUACCACACCACGUACAGAGUUGGAAUAGCUCAGGAAGUUUUAUACCCAAUGAGCGGCUCGAGCUUUGACUGGGUAAAGCUGUACGCAGACGCCUCCGUCAGCUAUUUGAUCGAACUUAGAGACCUUGGGGAAACCGGCUUCCUUCUUCCACCAGAGCAGAUCAUACCUAACAAUCUGGAAAUGAUGGACGGCUUGAUAGAAAUGGAUAAAGCAACGAAGCGAUUGGGAUACUUUUCUGGCGGUUCUAGCGUUAUCUAUUCGUUGACUUUAGUUAGUUUAGCUGUUGUUUUUGUUAAUUUGAUUAACUUGGCGACAGUAGUUAUAGCAGAAAAAAAGUCCUACGAUGGAUACAAAUUGUAUAAAGUUACACCAAAAACGGAGAAGAUAGUGAAUAUUUUAGAACAAAUAAGAGAUGCUGGUAUUGCAGAGUUCUGGAGUGAUUUUAUAAAUGUGGAUAGUGACAUCAGAAUAUUAGUUGAUCCAGAAAAGCAAGCAGUGUUUCGAGGAAGAGUCAUUAACAACCAACUGAACCCAAUAGAAGUAGAUCCAUCCAGAAGCAGCAGUUUUCUUUCCUACGACUGGAAUGCCUACCACAACUUGACUGACAUUGAAAGGUGGCUUGAUGAAGUGGCCACAACAAACUCUUCUGUCGUCACUAGAGUUACCAUCGGGCAGUCAACUGAGAACAGGCCUAUUAGAGGAAUCAUAAUCAACAUCAACCGGAAUAGAAGGAAGCCUGUUGGCAUCAUUGAAGGUACUCUCCAUGCUAGGGAGUGGAUUUCAGCAGCCACGGUCACUUGGAUCAUCAAAGAGUUUUUGACGAGCUCUGAUCCAGACGUCAGGAGAAUGGCAGAGGAAACUGAGUGGCACAUAUUUCCAGUGGUAAAUCCUGAUGGAUAUGUUUACUCUUUUACUGAAAACCGAAUGUGGAGGAAGAACAGAAACCCAGCAUACUUCACAUCUUGCCUGGCUGCCGGUGUUCCUGAUGAUAUGAGUCGUGGAGUGGACCUGAACAGAAAUUUCAAUUUCUUCUGGAUGUCCACUGGAGCAUCAAGCAACCCUUGCACAAACAAUUUCGCCGGUCCAUCAGCAGAGUCAGAACUAGAAACAAGAGCCAUCGCGCAAUACGUGUUGGGUCUAAGACAGAAUGCGGACAUAGUGUACUAUCUGUCUUUCCACUCGUAUCUCCAGUGGAUAAUGUUGCCGUACAGCCAUGUGAAUGUGCCAUCAGUUAACAAUCAUAAUCAUUUGAUGGAAAUAGCAACAAACAGCUCUGUGAAGAUUUCAGAGAGAUAUGGAACUCGAUACGAAGUUGGAAUAUUAAAUCAACUCAUGUUUCCAGCCACAAUAAGUGGUUCAAGCUUCGACUGGGCCAAAUUCCACGCGAAUGCUUCUAUUAGCUAUUUAUUUGAACUACGAGACCUCGGAGAAUUCGGUUUCCUCGUGCCACCUCAGCAGAUCAUACCCAACAAUUUAGGAAUUAUGGACGGCUUGGUAGAAAUGGACAAGUUAUCAUUUAAUCCACAUUUUUUAGAUCGAACUUCAGUUCAAUUAGGUUACUACUGCAAAGUCAGUAUGUAUUUUAGGGUAGCAUUUUUAGUAGCAAUAUUAGCUAUAGUAAAUUGUGAAUAUGUGAGCUAUAACAAUUACAAAGUGUAUAAGGUCAAACCUGAAACAGAUAAAGAAGUGGAAAUUCUAUACGAUGCAGAGAAGGAGCAAGGUUACCUAUUUUGGGAUGAGGGUUUUAGAAGAGGAAGAGAUGUCAGAAUCAUGGUAGCUCCCGAAAAACAACAUGAGCUAGUCAAGUACUUCUCUGAAAGCGGAAUGACGGCAGAACUUAUGCUACUGGAUUUUGAAAGAUCCGCAGAAGUACAACGAGCAAGGCCAGUUACAGUAACUAGAAACCAAAACGUGAGAAACUAUGCUUGGGAAUUCUACCAAACAUUGGAUGAAAUCUACGAAUGGAUGGACGCAAUGGCUGAAGAUUAUCCUAACGUAGCCGAAGUUGUCACUAUUGGAACUACCGAAGAGAAUAGACCUAUUAAAGGUUUGGUUAUAGACUUCAAAAAGAGCGAAAACCCAGUGUAUGGAUUCAUAGAAGGCGGACUUCAUGCUAGGGAAUGGAUAUCCCCAGCUAUGUCGACCUGGAUCAUAAAAGAGUUUCUGACGAGCACCGAUCCAGGUGUUAGGACUAUGGCUGAAGAUAUUGUGUGGCACAUUUUCCCAGUCACCAAUCCAGAUGGAUACGUGUAUUCUUUUACUGAUGAUAGAAUGUGGAGAAAGAACAGGAAUAAGGCUCACUUCACUUCUUGUUCUCAAUGGAAUCUCCCCGAUGACGCAAGCAACGGUGUGGAUUUGAACAGAAACUUCGGCUUCUUGUGGAAUACUAUUGGGGCUUCGCUGAAUCCUUGCGCUCAGACAUUCGCUGGAGCCAGUGGAUUCUCCGAAAAAGAAUCUAUUGCGAUAUCGAAUCACAUCAACUCGCUUCAACAAAGCGGAACUGUGUUGUACUACUUGAGUUACCAUUCAUAUACUCAGUUACUUCUGAUUCCAUACAGCCAUGUUUCUGGUGCUGGAAUAUUGGAAGCAGAUAAUUAUGGUGAUUUGUUUGAAAUUGGUAUAAUGGGAAUGGACAAACUCACUGCGCGUCACAACACGACUUACACCGUGGGCACCUCAGCUGACAUUUUAUAUCCGGUGAGUGGAUCAGGAUUCGAUUGGGCCAAAGGAGGGGCACAUAUACCACUCGUCUUUCUAUUUGAACUCCGUGACUUGGGAGAAUACGGUUUCUUACUGCCACCAGAACAAAUAAUACCUAACAAUGAAGAAACCAUGGAUGGAAUGGUUGAAAUGCAUAGAGUAGCUAGAUCUUUGGGAUAUCACAGGAGCUCAGCAGGUUCAAUUGUAAAUAGUAUGCUACUAUUGAUUGUGUCGGUUGUAGCUGCUUUGAGAUUGAAAUAAAUUGUUGGUGAUAUUUCA